CUCAAAAGUGUUGCCACAAACAGCGCGUAAUAUCGCGUGCAUACAGAUAACAAUCGAUUUUUAUGAUCUAUCCAACUACUUCUUUCCUCAAACUGGCGGCACGGGGACGUACCAAACUUCGGAAUGCAGCAGGAGCAGACGGCACGUCAGACACGGGACGGCACCGGAAAUGAGGGUGUAUUUUCGCGAAAUGUGUUGUCUUAGACCGAGGAUUACUCUGUUUUCCUGUUCCCUGUGUACGUCUCUGUCUGCUCGUGGCAGGUGGUAAUGAUAACCAAAUUUGCUUAAGUGGAACCGGUGGUCCAAUUUGCAAAACAAGUACAAGGACAGGUUGUGCGGGCAAACAACUAUUUUGGGUUUUAUUGCACCGCAACGGGGGGGGGGGGGGGGGGGCACCGCAUCCAUGUUGCUGAAAUCAGUGCUUUGAUCUGCGUACCAUGGUAGUGUCUUUUAUCAACCGCAUAGAUAACAACGGAAUAGAAGUAGGCUGUUGUAGGUUGUGAAUGGUGUCUGUUGUGUCUGGUUUUGGCUCGACGGAGGCAACGGUUGCCCUGAGUAACGUACAAUUUGAAUUCCAAGCGUUGCAGCAUAUCUUCUAAACGACUGCCAAAAUAAAGACGCCGAAAUCGCCGGUCGUCGACCUUCGGUGUUUUGCAGGUCUGUUUGUGGAAAAAGUGGUGUUUUCUCCAGCACAAAACUAUGUUUGAGCGUUAUUUAAGUGCAUUACAAUAUCCCCGGGUGGGGCAACUAAAUAUUGAUGACCCGAAAGACUUCCGUAGCUUCAUCCUGUGGCUGGAGGAUCAGAAGAUUCGACUGUAUCCCAUCGAAGACCGAGAUCCGCUGCGCAAGAUAAACAAUCAAGAUGAAUGGGACACGGCGUACGAGAAGUACAAAAAGGACAUUCGCCUCCCGGGGCACUUGAAGACGAAACAGGAGAUGCUGGCCUGGUUACUGCUGUACGCCAUCCGGCUGGAGUACACGGACAACGCGGAAAAGUACCGUACGAUUAGUGGAGCCAAAAAGCAGGAGGAAGAAGCGAAGAAGACCACCGUACCGGAAAUCCAAUCAACCAACCCAUUCGAUACGUACGACUUCACGCACGCAGACUUUGAGGAAGGAUCGUGGAAACUCGCCGAACGAUUAGGCAUCACGCACCAUCCGGAUCAUCUGUUGUCACUGCAAGCGGCCGCUAAGGUGGUCACCACAUCGUACAACAAGGAAGCGCUCAAGGAACCAGUCGUUACCGGGCAACCGUUUCCGAUCGAUGAAGGCUACGGAAUGGGAUUCGAAAAGGAGAGCGAUCUAGAGCGGGGAGCUCGUAUCCUGCGACUUUUACAGAUACAGCACGUCCGCAAACUGCAAACCACAAUCAACGAAACGAUUGUGGCCGCACAAAACCUUACGGCCGAUCCGCGAACCGACACGAAGCUGGGUAAGGUAGGGAAUAAACCGUGA